UUGGAUUUACCUAGCACUACUGGCAACGUGAACUGGCUCAGAAGAUCUGAUGGAACUGCACACUCAUCCAAUACCUCAGAUGUGGAAUCCACAGGUGCUGCCAGUACAAAGGAAACUACCUCAAACAAUACUGCCAAACAUUACAGUUUGCCUGACUCCAGAAAAAGGACACGUACAGGAAGAACGUGGCCAGCUGCAAUACCACAUUUAAGGAGAAGAGGACGCCUUCCAAGAAAAGCACUCCAGAUUCAGAAUGCAGAAAUAGUAAAAGAUGAUGAAAGCAAAGAUGAUUAUCAAUAUGAUGAACUCAAUACAGAGAUUCUGAAUAAUUUGGCUGAUCAAGAGUUACAACUUAAUCAUCUCAAGAACUCUAUUACCAGUUACUUUGGUGCAGCAGGUAGGAUAGCUUGUGGUGAAAAAUACCGCGUUUUAGCACGUCGGGUGACACUUGACGGAAAAGUGCAGUAUCUUGUGGAGUGGGAAGGUGCAACUGCUUCCUGACUCUUGUACUGCCCAGAUCUAUUUAUAGGCAUAGUUCAUAAAUCAGGAGUGCAGAAGGAAGCUUUUUAAAAAUAUUUUUAAAAAUGGAAACCAAGUUAGCCUUAACUCUCUUGCUUCUUAACAUUAUAGACAUUGUGAUAAAGGAUCUACCUGUUUAAAAUAAAGCUGGAUUCCUUUAUUUAAAAAAAACAACAACACCGUAGAAUGACAACUUUGGUUGUUUUAGAAUUGGGAAUCUGGAAUUUUGGUUGCUUUAAAAUAUGCACAAAUUCAAAAGAGACUUGUUUAGGAUACAUUCCAUGGAAACAUUUUUGUUGUUGGUAGGGGCUCUUUUCUAUAACUAGAACAAAUUUUUAGUAAAAUUCUUAAAUCUUUUCUUACUGAAAUGUUUGCAAAAGUGUAUUUCUACUCUGACAACCCUAGAUUUUCAUAAGGUGCAGUGUAUAUAAUUCCUACUGAGGACUGUAAAAUAUUGAAAUCUUCUUUCAAGCAAAGUGUAAAAUAUAUAUAUGGAGCUUGUAAAUUGCUCUGUGACUAGACUUUGUUGUCUUUUUAAUAUAUUCUUUGCAUGUGUGUAUAUUUGUGUGAUUGUGACCUAUGCAAUAUAAAUUAUGGGAUUGGGCAGCUUCUGACUUUGUAUCCCAUAAUUAUUUUUAUCAGGAAUAGUUGCAGUAUUUACACAGCAGCAUUUCUUCUCAGGCUUUAUUGAGUGCUGUUGCUUACCAUGUACUACAGAAUAUGUGUCAAAUGAAUGCUGUGUGUUCCAGCGAGUGCAGUCAAUGUCAUAUGCCUUUAGAAAAUAACUUAUUCUGCUCAAAUGGUCCAGCAAUUAAGAGAUUUAGAGUGCCUCUCAGGUUCACAUGCUCCCUCCUCUUCUCCACUUUGCAGAUGUCCUUCUCCUUUCAGCAUUAAGUGUGUUGAAGUGCUACAUGUUCAUUGAAGUUCAUGGCUACCUCUUGGUGAGCUUUGGAAAAGAGAGGGGCAAUUUGGAGGGAGUAUAUGCUCCUGUUUUCUUAGCCAUGAAUAAGAUAUCUAGAAAUAUUGCAUCUAUACUGGGCCAGGUUGCUUGAGGGUUGCAAUCCUAUACCUGUGUACCUGGGAGCAAAUCCUUUUGAAGGAACCUAUCUUCUAAUUAGACGUCUGUAGGAUUGUGCUUUAGUUCUUGACUUCAGCAUCCUUAUUUUGCGCAAUAUUGCAGCCUCAGUUGAAGAUGGAGAAAAGUUAGCUGUUUGAAACACAAAUCAGGAAUUUUUAAUUUGAACAUGAAUUUUGCUUAGGGAAAAAGUAUAAGGAUUGGCGACACACUGAUUGUAAAUUUUGUCUCCCAGUUUUAAAAAAAAUGUCAGCAGGAAUCGUGUAAGUUUCCUUUUUUGUACGUAAUGGUUUUUAGUCAUGUUUCAUAAACAUAGUUGGAAUAAAGUGUUUAAUUGCACAGGGUCAACAAACAGUAUGUUGCCACUUGAAGUAACAGUACUGCUUUUAUUACAAUAUUACCUCCUCUGUUCUUACAAAUAUGAAUCCAGUUUUUAGUAACUUUAUUUUACUUGUAAAAUAAUUUUUUUUGCAAGGGUUAGAUGUACUUUCGUUAGCUGUUGGAGGUGGGUGGGGUUCAUACUUUUUUUUGCCAAAGAAUCAACAUAGCUAUUUCAAUUUGGAUAGUUUGCAUUUUACUGCCUAAUAUUUUGUUGUCACACAUAAUUUCAUAGCUUUUAAAAAUGACUUGCAUGGUUAGACCAUAAUUAUUUGAUGAUUUUUUUAAAAGUCUGUUACAAUUGUCAAGAUAAAAGAAUCUCAGCAUUAUAUAUAGCCAAAGGAAGGACAGACAAAAUUGGUUGCCCUGUGCUUGUGCUUGGCUGACAAGCUUUAUAAAAGUAAUUAUUAAAAGAUAUUUGAUUGCCUUCAUUAAAAAAACAUGGGUGUUUUCCCCUCUCAUGCAGUCUCAACUAUUACAUUAAAGAUGCCUUGCCUAUAGCUGCAAUAUUUUGAUAAGACACAGGUUACUUUGUGAAUGUUGGUCUCUUGAAAUAAUGCAAAAUGUAGAUGUCUGUAAUGUUACAACCAGUUUUUUUAAAAGUAAUUUUCCUUUUCUACAAUUUUAAAUUGACAUUGAACACCAGCAGUAUUUGCAGUAGGGCUUCCAUACAAAGAUAGCGAUCGAAAUCUAGAUGGGAAAGGAACAUAACAAAUUAUCAACAAAUUUAAUUGUGAAUGUGUGUGAGUUUUCAUUUUGUCAUGGUGGCUGAUAUGUUUGUAUUUCUGAAACUGUUUUCUAGAAUUCAAAAUCAACAUUAAAUGUGUGUAUUUUUAA